AUGCCGUCGCCGGUGAGGAGGAACCGGAAAGGAGGCGGAGAAAGCUACGAGAAGGAUUAUAAGAAAGAGAAAUUCUUAUCGGAGAAGGCGACGUCGUUUCACGGUAGAGGAUCUUUCACUGCGGCGGCGGAGGAGAUGCUUCCGAGGCCAAAAACAGUUCCUGAAUUGUUGAAGGGGAGAAAGGCGGAGGACAUGGCGGCAAGGACACAGCCGGCGAAGCCUGCAAAGUUGCUGCUGAACGUGACGAUACAGAGGAGUACCGGCGCCGUGCACGUGCUGCUGCCUCCAGAGGCCACCGCGGAGGACCUUAUAUCGGCGGCGCUGCGCCAGUACGUAAAGGAGGCGCGGCGGCCGGUCCUGCCGUCGGCGGACGCUUCCGCCUUCGAUUUGCAUUAUUCCCAAUUUACCCUCGAAUGUAUAGAAAGGAAGGAGAGGGUAAUAGAUUUGGGUUCUAGAAACUUCUUCCUGUGCCCCAAAAUCGCCGUCGUACCGUCCGUUCCGGGUUGCUCAAAAGAGGUCGGAAAUAGGGAAGCAAUAAAAAAUAGUUUACCUUUGCUUAAAUCCAUGAAUUUUUUUCUACUGUAAUUUAAUUUAACUGAUCAGAUCAGAUAUUUGCUCUACAAACAAUUAAAACAUUUAUAACACUACUUAUGUUUCCAGAUGCAA